AUGUUGACAGAAGAUCCCAUGAUAUUCAUAAUGGAUAGCAAGGUAUUUCUACAAAGUUUGUCUGCUAACAGUAUAUAGAAAAUAGCACCGUUCAUGCAAGAAUUUUGAAAUAUCGCACGCUUGUUUUGCAGAAUCUUUUCCUCUAACUGAUAUUUCCUAAUUGAUAAUCGAGAGAACAAGUUUAAUGAUUUCAAUGUUAUUUCUAUCCUCCUAGCACAAUAUCAAAAAACUGCGAAAUAACGAGAAGAGUUCAAGUCAUGGAAAAAGAAUGCUCACAAAGGAGGGUAAAAAUAUAUAUUGGUCUCAUUGGAAAGAGGCGUAUUGCUGGGAUCAGAAGAGUAAUUCUUGCCCUAUUCAUGAGCGACUAAAAGAAGACCAUUUCAAUCUUACUCCAAGUUCGAGAAUGAGGAAUGGAUUGGCUGAGGAUGUUUUGGACAAGCGAGUGUUAUUUCUAAUGAAGGUAAUUAUCAAGGGCGUAGCGUGACCUUUUUAACUGCGGGGGGGGGGGGGUGUAAAUCUAAAUUUUACCGACGACCACGUGGCACUUGAAGCGAAAGAAUCUGUUUUUUAUGAUGUCAACUACUUACUCAUGUUUUGUGCUUAGUAGGAUUGAAAAUUACUUUGUUAUUGAGCCUAAGAAUAGCAAGAAACAAAUUCGUCCAGGAAAACAUGGGAAUAUAAUCUUUGUCUGCCCCUGACAUGCUUUUAAAACAAGUUAUCGUGGAAACGAGGGCAAAUGAUGUUGUGUAAAAGAGAAUAAUCGGGAAGGUCUAUUAAGAAUAAAAAGACUAAAUGCGAGCAUUGUCGUGGAUCAGUACAUGCUGCAUGCAUUAUCCAAUGGUUGCCAACUUUGGCGAAAAACAUGCGUGAGAUUUUGUUUUGGGAGACCCACGCGCCAAGAGGCGCCACCAUGGUUGACGGCGAGCGGAAAAUGUUUUGAAAAUAUGGAGUCUCUAGAUCGUUGGAAAUGGCAUUUUCAGAGUCUUCUGUACCUUAUACACACAAGUUUUGGUAGCUUUUAUUUAUAUUAAACAAAACCAUAUUGUUGAAUACCCACGAGGUUGCAUGCAUGUAGCGAUGUUUUGAUUAUGUAUUUCAGAAGGAAAAAGUUUUAUGUAAUUUGACGCAAGUAAACUUAAUGAAGUCACUCUUAAUAGUUAAAACUGUGCAACAAAGCCAACAUAUUUAAGAACCAGUUGUGUUAUUUGCAAAAUCCGUGCGAAUCCGUGAGAUACUAACAAGCUGUGAGUGUGAGCUCACCGUGAGGUUUUAGUAGAAUCCGUGACCGCCCCUUAUACGCUACAUAUAACAUAUACCAUUAAACAGCUAUACUGCAAUUGACAAAUAAAUAUUUCGGCGCGCGUUUAAUUUAAUGACACUAUACCGUGACUUUAGUCUGCCGUGUAGAAAUAACGUAAAACCAGAAACGCAGCAAACGCUUUAUUAAUUGGAAUAAUUGUUGUCUUUGUUACUUCGCGAUAAGUCAUUUUACUCAGUGACAUUUUUCUUGUUGUUUAUUGUAAUAAACAGACUUGAAAAAUUGGUGAAACAUUUUAUGAGCACCGCGUGUCAAUAAUAAAUAUAUAAAUAUAAUCUUUAAUUCUUUGGCGUAUCAUUGUAUCAAGGUCAAAAGUUCGCGCACAGUUGAACAUGUCCAAUCAGAACCGACUGUUUUCGCAGCUCUUGCUCUUAAAUCGCCUAAAAUCGCUUUAAAUCGCCCAAAAUCGCUUAAAAUCAUGGGCGUACUGGGUGGGGGUGGGACGGGGCGACCGCCCCCCCAGUUUCUGAUGUAGUGCGCGGAUUUAGAAUUCCGACCAUUUAUAUGCGAUGUACUUCAUGUAAAUUAAACUUUACGGCAUUACGCCGACAGUUUCCGAAUGCGUGACAAUACUGUUUCAAACUGUUUCUGGAUAUAGAUAUCAAACAUAAUUUUAUAAAACAUGUUUGUUGAAACAGUUUAAAUAAAAUGCAAGCUAAUUAGCUAAAUAAAGAAGUGUUGACAAGAUACAAAACAAGACAACUUCACUUACAAGGGUGACAAGGUAAUUUACAACCUCGCAAGCCAGGGUCUUUUACCUGCGCUCGGGCUCCGGCGAAGACCCUGGUUCCCUCUGGUCACGUGAACCCCCAGAUUUUAGGGGUAAUUCGAAUUGCCGCCUCUUUGCCACUUAGGGAGGAGUGGUAGGGGGAAUUCAAGAGCGAAAACGAAAAUAUCUAUAACUAUGCCUAUGGAAAAUACUGCCAUUUACGCUCUGUAUUAACCCAUAUUUUGGGUUUUGUCGGUUUUUGUGUUAUCUUUUAUGAAAUAUGUUAGCGCUUGAAAGCUUUUUACACCUACUUGAUAUAAUUUGCAUGGCUGGAGGUCUGUUUUACACCUUGAAGUGGAGCCAUUAUUUAUCAACGCAAACAAAACAAAGGUCGAAUGCACACUUAUACAAAGUCAAAGUACAGUAUACAGUAGCUCUCAAGCUAUGGCACAGCGAAAGGAAACUCCAAAGAUGAUUUACCCGAAAUCCGCUUUGUUUUCGGAAUGCAAGUGUCACCUUUGUGGUAGUAUUAUCGACAAGAAGUAUUGCAACAACCUAUUCUUAUAGAGCUAGCUGCAUGAAUAGCGAAAUAAAAACCUGCUUCGUAUCGCAGAAUUUGUAAAUUGUGGAACUCUUGCGUGUGAUGACCGAUGACGGAUUUUCUAAUCUUCCUAAAUUAACAUUAAAUUAAAAGAAUGGGGCCAAAAAAACACCGGCAAGACAGUGAAGUCAGUCGAAUGUUUAAUAUUAAAGUGCAGCGACAGUCAGGGGCGGAUCCAGGAAUUUUCGUACGUUAGUCAAAGUUUUCCGAUGUACAAUCUAGUUUUGCGGGCGGCGAUUGCGCGAGGCACCCAGGGGGGGGGGGGGUUCUGUCCCCCAAGGAAUUUUUAUAUUCUUAAACCUCCGAAACGCAAUUUGCAUCACUCUGAAAGCAGCUUCAACAAAAAAUUAACUUGAUGAAAUGGACUAUCAGUCUGACUGACUCUCACAACUCGCUCCUUAGGGAAAAGUAAAGGAGAAAUACUUGCAGAAAUGUGAUAAUUGUGGAAGAUGUUUCAUUUUAUCAAAUUACGGAUUGCUAGUAUUAUGUUUAACUAUCUAAUGAUAGUACUACACUCAUUUUUGUUGCCUAAUAGCCUUGUUGAGUCAUUGAUCACUUGACUAGUAAUCACUACAGUGUCAUAUUACUCAAAUAAACAUAUCAAUAUUAAAGUCUUAACAUUCAGCUAUAAAACCUGACUUUUAUAUCCUAUGUACACUGCAUUAAUGCAUUUAUAUAGGUUAUCCUCCAUAUUAAUAGCCUUCUGAGUUCUGACGGACCUUCAACCGCAGAAUUACAAAUAUGCAAAUUUGUUGUGUAAAUCAAAAUUCACAGCUAAAUCUAAAUCAAGAUACGCGUAUUCAAGUUACAAUUUUACAUAUGCAUGGAGCGCAUCUUGUUCGCUUAUAAAUAUUGUUAUGCUGUCUAAAACGAAAUAAAAUUUACAUAUCACAUUAAAUUUACCUUAUUGCACUUCAGAAUAAAGAUCUCGGCGCCAAUACUUCUACUCAAACAGUCAAACUGUAGUUCGUGGUAUACACUGCUAUUCGUGGCGCUUAGCAACUGCUCACUGAAUGGAACUCUCCGAUAUUUAGCGUUGAUUUUCCUCCCAAGAUCAGCGCAACAGUCUUGUAAGACAGCUAAAUCAUUCACCGCAAGUGCGGAUUGAACCGUUUCGUGAAUACUACAAGGACUGGAGUCUGGAGCAGCAGACAUUUCAACAUGACACUUCGAAUGAGCGCGCGCUCGGAAAGACUUUAUCACGCGUCAAAUGUUAAUGAUAUUCCGACUAAUGGAGCGCCCCUGACUUUUGUAAAUCGGUCAGAACUCCCCACAGAUCAGUCAAAAUCGCAAAAAAUCGCUUGUUUCCAUGGCAAUAAGCGUUUAGACCAAUCAAAACACUGGAUUUUGACUUUUUGACUGACCGACUUUGCGUAUGUCAGCUGCUCAUUGACUUGACUAAGCUCGUCGGCUCAACCACUGUAUGAAAUUUGAUCACUGGACUACAGUUCGAGUGGAAUGUUAAUUGCUAGCGCUGCAUGAUAAUAGAUACUGGACUAUUAUAAGGUGUCGCUGCAUGAUAAAAAAUAACUGGACUAUUGGUCGAAUAUUUAAGACUUUAAUUAAGUUUGCAAUUUUUACGUUAGUCGCGUGACUGGUUUGACGACCCCUAGAUCCGCCCCUGAACUGAACCAGCUGUUUUACAUUAACUAAGCCGAGAUAAAUAUAAUCAUAAUAAUCUUUGGUAAUAAUUGUAUUGAGACAGAAAGUCGAUACGACUAGCGAACCCACGUGGCGGCUAGGACAAGGAGAGAUUUCACCUAGCCGGAUCGAAUUUUAUAUGCGUUAACAAAUGGCAUGCAUACGAAACGGCCCUUAGGAAAGGAAUAGGAAAAAACGCAAAACCUAGUUAAUUUAUGAACGCUUUUAUCGUGGAAUCGGUGUUCGUCAUGAAUUUAUAAAUUAGUUCGAGUUAGAUACAAUGCUCAAAUUUUACACUGUUUUAUCAUUGUGGUGAAUUGCCUGAAAUGAUGUUUAUUUUUUAUAGGGUCAAAAAGGCGCAAGCGGAAACAACGGUGCUGAUGGUGCUGCGGUAAGUUACUACUUAACAACUGAUAGCAGAUGAAUUUGGAGACGUGCUGGAGAGUUCUUUGUUUCAGGAUACAAUGUAUAUCAAAGUUUGAAAUGAACGGAUAAUUAAACCAUCUCAUUCUAACAUCGCUAACGAGACAUGAUUGAAAAAGCUGUGUUCACUAAUCACAAAGACUAAAUUCACUUCCAAGUAACCAAGUAUAUCUUAACGCAUGUUGGGCUCUUGAAAAAGUGCCAUUUUCUCUGUGAUCAUUCCAAGUCAAAAUAAACAAUUUGGGAUGGAAGCGCAAUAGUUAACAAUUAUUUUCCGAAGUGGAUGUGACUAGUGCAAGGAUGUUCACCAACACGCGAACCGCUAUUCACCAAAACUGAGGUGAAUAGUCGAUUUAACAUGUACCAUAACAAAAAAAAUUCAAAAGUGACCAAAAAUCGACGAAAAUAUUUUUAAAACAAUUUGCAUUUCAGCCCUCGUAAUAGUUGUAAACAAAACAAUAUUUACAAGCUUUUACUAUAGUAAUAUAUGUAAUGCCUCUAGACGCUGCUAAACAAUUUGGAAAUAUUUAAAAUAAACGUUGUCAAAAAAAUUUGAGGAUUUUCACUUGAAAUUUGAUUUCAGUAAAAUGCUGCAUCCACAGCGACUCAAAAUUCUGUGUAAAAGUACAGUGCAGCAAUACAACAUUGGACAAAGUAAUCAGCCAUUGGCGUAUUCGAAGGAUUAUGUUUUAAACUCCUGAAGCAAAACCGGAUAUAUUUUACGCAGUGUUUUUUUUUUAUAGGGAACUCCUGGUCAGACUGGUGAAAAUGGUGCCGUCGGUGAUGCUGGACCACCGGUGACUUAAUGAUUUAUUAUAUAACCUCUUUCAAAGGGCCUGCUUGAUUUAAGAGGCAUUUUCUGUCUAAUAUCUCUUCAUUAUACCGUAAAUCACCUUUGCAAGAUAAUUUUGGAAUCGUGGUACAUAUCUAAGUACAUGAACUUCGUAAGCGAAUUGCUCCUCAUUUUACCAAUGUCUUCCAUGAUUUCCAAAUUUACUUUGCUUUGUCCAGAUAACCCGUAAUGACAUAUUUCAUAAGUAACUAAGAAAUAAUGCUAGUGUUAACAUUUUUCUACAAAUCUAUACUCUAUACUAUAUAAUCUCUUAUUUAGGGACCACCAGGUUUAACUGGAAGUUCUGGACCAAGAGGAGAAGGC